GGUGUUGAAUCGUGUCGCGGACUGUUGCGGACUUUGUAUGUGGCGCAGGAGGAUCCAUCACGGGAUGUGACGGCUGCAUGUCGGGGUAGCCAUUCUACGUUGUAUAUUCAAGCACAAAUAUAGACGCGACCGGAGGCUGGAGUGGAAGAAACAGAGGGAAGCGGACGCCAACUAAGCACGGGGCGGAAGGAGAUACUGGAGCGUGGUGGCCGGAGGGACGCUCGAGCAAACCUAACCGACACGGCACGCAGCAAUGGCGGAGCACCACACCGCCAUCGACGGCAAACACAAAGCGUCCGCUAAUGCCGGGGGCUCGGUGCAUGGGAACAGCCGACCCGGCGCCGCUGGUGGAGGGAGCGCCAAAGGAGGCCUGUCGGGUGGACUGACACAACCGGCAGGGUGGCAGUCUCUCCUCUCGUUUAGCAUUCUCUUCCUGGCCUGCCUGGCUGGCUUCAGCUCCAGACUUUUCGCCGUGAUCCGGUUCGAGAGCAUCAUCCACGAGUUUGAUCCAUGGUUCAACUACAGAUCAACGCAUCAUCUCACAACAAAUGGCUUCUAUGAGUUUCUCAACUGGUUCGAUGAAAGAGCCUGGUAUCCCCUGGGGAGGAUUGUUGGUGGCACUGUGUAUCCAGGAUUAAUGGUGACAGCUGGCCUCAUCCACUAUGUGCUCAACUUGCUUCACAUCACUGUCCAUAUCCGUGAUGUAUGUGUAUUUCUGGCCCCGGUGUUCAGUGGUCUCACUGCCAUCUCCACCUUCCUGCUGACACGAGAGCUGUGGAACCAAGGGGCCGGGCUGCUGGCAGCCUGCUUCAUUGCCAUCGUCCCAGGAUACAUCUCUCGCUCUGUCGCUGGCUCCUUUGACAACGAGGGCAUUGCCAUCUUCGCCUUGCAGUUCACCUACUACCUCUGGGUGAAAUCGGUGAAGACGGGAUCAGUGUUUUGGACAAUCGGUUGCUGUCUCUCCUAUUUCUAUAUGGUGUCUGCGUGGGGAGGAUACGUGUUUAUUAUCAACCUGAUUCCCCUACAUGUGUUUGUGCUAUUGCUAAUGCAACGCUACAGCAAAAGAGUCUACAUUGCUUAUAGCACAUUCUACAUCGUGGGCCUUGUUCUGUCAAUGCAGGUCCCUUUUGUGGGCUUCCAACCUAUCAGGACCAGUGAGCACAUGGCUGCUGCCGGUGUGUUUGCACUGCUCCAAGCCUAUGCCUUCCUGCAGUACCUGAAAGACAGACUGACAAAGCAGGAGUUCCAGACACUUUUCUUCCUCGGUGUAUCUCUGGCUGCUGGUGUGGUCUUCCUCACUGUCCUUUACCUCACGUAUACAGGAUACAUCGCUCCAUGGAGUGGACGCUUCUACUCCCUGUGGGACACUGGCUACGCUAAAAUCCACAUCCCCAUCAUCGCCUCUGUGUCAGAGCACCAGCCCACGACGUGGGUCUCCUUCUUCUUUGACCUCCAUAUUCUGGUGUGCACGUUCCCAGCCGGCCUCUGGUUCUGCAUCAAGAACAUCAAUGAUGAACGAGUGUUUGUGGCUCUGUACGCCAUCAGCGCGGUGUAUUUCGCCGGCGUGAUGGUGCGUCUGAUGCUGACGCUGACCCCCGUGGUCUGCAUGCUGUCUGCGGUGGCUUUCUCCAGUGUUUUUGAGCACUACAUGGGAGAUGACACCAAGAGGGAGAAGCCCCCUGCUGAAGACAGCAGCGAUGAAGAUGACAAGAGGAACUCUGGGAACCUUUACGACAAGGCCGGGAAGGUGCGCAAGCACGUGUCUGAGCAGGAGAAGGCAGAGGAAGGUUUGGGCCCAAACGUCAAGUCCAUCGUGACCAUGCUGAUGUUGAUGCUGCUGAUGAUGUUUGCCGUACACUGCACCUGGGUGACCAGCAACGCCUACUCCAGUCCCAGCGUGGUGCUGGCCUCCUACAAUCAUGACGGAACACGUAACAUCCUGGACGACUUCAGGGAGGCGUAUUACUGGCUGAGACAGAACACGGACGAGCACGCUCGCGUCAUGUCCUGGUGGGAUUAUGGAUACCAGAUCGCUGGGAUGGCCAACAGAACCACGCUGGUGGACAACAACACGUGGAACAACAGUCACAUAGCACUGGUGGGGAAGGCCAUGUCGUCCAAUGAGAGUGCUGCCUACCAAAUCAUGAGGUCCCUGGAUGUGGAUUACGUGUUGAUCAUUUUCGGCGGCGUGAUCGGCUACUCCGGGGAUGAUAUCAAUAAGUUCCUGUGGAUGGUCAGAAUAGCAGAGGGCGAGCAUCCCAAAGACAUCAGGGAGAGCGACUACUUCACUCCUCAGGGAGAGUUCAGAGUGGACAAGGCCGGGUCCCCGACGCUGCUCAACUGCCUCAUGUACAAGAUGUCCUACUACAGAUUUGGAGAAAUGCAGCUGGACUUUCGGACACCGCCUGGCUUUGACCGAACCCGCAACGCUGAGAUCGGAAACAAGGACAUCAAGUUCAAGCAUCUGGAGGAGGCCUUCACCUCGGAGCACUGGCUCGUCAGGAUCUACAAGGUCAAGAACCUCGGCAACCGCGAGCCGCUGGACCGCAAGCUCCGCAGCGUGGUGCCCAAGCAGAAGUACACCUCCAAAAAGACGGCCAAGAGGAAGCGAGGUCAUGUGAAGAACAAGCUGGUCCUGAGGAAAGGAAAGAAGCUGCAGAAGAAAUAGUGACGGUGGCGACGAUGAACUCUUCUAGGAAACAAAUUAAAGCGAAGAACCCAACAACCAAUGAAGAAGAUCACCGGGGCGGUUCGUCUGGCACUUGGUCUCUCGCGCUUCUCAUUCGAGCGCCACCGGGUGUUGAGGAAGUUGAAGUGUCAUAUCUGACUUGUCCCAGAACUGUUGUGCGUUUUACCCCGAGGACGUUUUCUCUUGCUUUUCCCCCCCCUCCCUUCUUAUGGUUUUUGUUUUCUGUUUUGUUUUUUUAAACUUUGUACUUGAAUGUGUGGCAAGGCAUAGGGCUGCUCAUGUCUAUUAAUUUUGUGGUACAUUAACUGCUUAUCAGCGAGGGAUGGGGGCGUUAGGGAACACCGGAGGGAGACAUUUGCACCAAAGACCCAUCCACCUGACCUUGCUCCAAGGCACAUGAGAAGUGGGCGGAGAGUGAGGCAACGCUCAGGACUCCUUCCUGACUGCUGUACAGAGGAGCGUGUGCGGUGUGGAGGAAUGUCUCGGCACAGAACCUGUAAUAUUAACCCUCUAUCAUCAUCAUCAUCAUCUAUUUUUCUGCCUGGCACCCUGUCAUUUGUUGAAAAGGAGUCCUUUAGAAGAAUUGGCGUCUCGUGUAAAUAUGUGAUGUAAAGCAGAAAAGGAUGAUAAUAUAUUGGAACGGUGAUUUCUACUUGUUUUUGCUCGGUUCUUCUUUUUUCAGUGGUUUGCUAAAUAGAAUGCAAUAAUUCUUGUACAGAGGGCCUGGAGAUUCUGUCGAAGGAAUGAAUGUGAAUUUCUACGAUGCCUCCCCACCCUCCCUCCCGCCUCCUCCCCA